CUCCUCUCCUCUCUCUUCCUCUUCCCCCUCCUAUCUCCUCUCCUCUCCUCUAUCGUUACCUGUGUCCCAGUGAUGAUGGAGAGAAUGUUUCUGUAUUCUAAUGUCUAUUGUUUUCCAAUAGAAACAGAAACUGAUUAGACAUUAGGUAGUGAUUAAACACGAGUCCCAAAUGGCCCUCUAGUCUCUAUGUAGGGCCCUACUUUAGACCAGGGCCCUACGGUCUAACCCCUAGUCUCUAUGUAGGGCCCUACUUUAGACCAGGGCUGAUAUGACUGUGGAGAAACAAAUAACAGUGUGGAACAAAUCACAAACUAUUUUUAUAGUGAAUUGCUUCUAAAAAGAAUGUACCAGAUCUGAAUCCCAAAUGACUCUCUAUUCCCUAUAUAGUCCACUGAGCCCAUAGGAACCAGAUCUGAAUCCCAAAUGACUCUCUAUUCCCUAUAUAGUCCACUGAGCCCAUAGGAACCAGAUCUGAAUCCCAAAUGACUCUCUAUUCCCUAUAUAGUCCACUGAGCCCAUAGGAACCAGAUCUGAAUCCCAAAUGACUCUCUAUUCCCUAUAUAGUCCACUGAGCCCAUAGGAACCAGAUCUGAAUCCCAAAUGACUCUCUAUUCCCUAUAUAGUCCACUGAGCCCAUAGGAACCUGAUCUGAAUCCCAAAUAACUCUCUAUUCCCUAUGUCGUCCACUGAGCCCAUAGAAACAUGGUCUGAAUCCCAAAUGACUCUCUGUUCCUUAUAUAGUCCACUGAGCCAAGUGGAACAUGGUCUGAAUCCCAAAUGACUCUCUAUUCCCUAUAUAGUCCACUGAGCCCAUAGGAACCAGAUCUGAAUCCCAAAUGACUCUCUAUUCCCUAUAUAGUCAACUGAGCCCAUAGGAACCAGAUCUGAAUCCCAAAUGACUCUCUAUUCCCUAUAUAGUCCACUGAGCCCAUAGGAACCAGAUCUGAAUCCCAAAUGACUCUCUAUUCCCUAUAUAGUCCACUGAGCCCAUAGGAACCAGAUCUUAAUCCCAAAUGACUCUCUAUUCCCUAUAUAGUCCACUGAGUCCAUAGGAACCAGAUCUGAAUCCCAAAUGACUCUCUAUUCCCUAUAUAGUCAACUGAGCCCAUAGGAACCAGAUCUGAAUCCCAAAUGACUCUCUAUUCCCUAUAUAGUCAACUGAGCCCAUAGGAACAAGAUCUGAAUCCCAAAUGACUCUCUAUUCCCUAUAUAGUCCACUGAGCCCAUAGGAACAUGGUCUGAAUCCCAAAUGACUCUCUAUUCCCUAUAUAGUCCACUGAGCCCAUAGGAACCAGAUCUGAAUCCCAAAUGACUCUCUAUUCCCUAUAUAGUCCACUGAGCCCAUAGGAACCAGAUCUGAAUCCCAAAUGACUCUCUAUUCCCUAUAUAGUCCACUGAGCCCAUAGGAACAUGGUCUGAAUCCUAGGGCAACCCUAUGGGUCGUUCUGGAUCAGACUGCACUAAUAGGGCCAACCCUAUGGGUCGUUCUGGAUCAGACUGCACUACUAGGGCCAACCCUAUGGGUCGUUCUGGAUCAGACAAGGCGACAUUGGGUCACUGCACUACUAGGGCCAACCCUAUGGGUCGUUCUGGAUCAGACUGCACUACUAGGGCCAACCCUAUGGGUCGUUCUGGAUCAGACUGCACUACUAGGGCCAAUCCUAUGGGUCGUUCUGGAUCAGACUGCACUAAUAGGGCCAACCCUAUGGGUCGUUCUGGAUCAGACUGCACUACUAGGGCCAAUCCUAUGGGUCGUUCUGGAUCAGACAAGGCGACAUUGGGUCACUGCACUAUUAGGGCCAAUCCUAUGGGUCGUUCUGAAUCAGACAAGGCAACAUUGGGUCACUGCACUACUAGGGGCAACCCUAUGGGUCGUUCUGGAUCAGACUGCACUAAUAGGGCCAACCCUAUGGGUCGUUCUGGAUCAGACUGCACUAAUAGGGCCAACCUUAUGGGUCGUUCUGGAUCAGACUGCACUAAUAGGGCCAACCCUAUGGGUCGUUCUGGAUCAGACUGCACUACUAGGGCCAAUCCUAUGGGUCGUUCUGGAUCAGACUGCACUACUAGGACCAACCCUAUGGGUCGUUCUGGAUCAGACUGCACUAAUAGGGCCAACCCUAUGGGUCGUUCUGGAUCAGACUGCACUACUAGGGCCAAUCCUAUGGGUCGUUCUGGAUCAGACUGCACUACUAGGGCCAACCCUAUGGGUCGUUCUGGAUCAGACUGCACUACUAGGGCCAAUCCUAUGGGUCGUUCUGGAUCAGACUGCACUACUAGGACCAAUCCUAUGGGUCGUUCUGAAUCAGACUGCACUACUAGGACCAACCCUAUGGGUCGUUCUGGAUCAGACUGCACUACUAGGGCCAACCCUAUGGGUCGUUCUGGAUCAGACUGCACUACUAGGGCCAAUCCUAUGGGUCGUUCUGGAUCAGACUGCACUACUAGGGCCAACCCUAUGGGUCGUUCUGGAUCAGACUGCACUACUAGGGCCAACCCUAUGGGUCGUUCUGGAUCAGACUGCACUACUAGGGCCAACCCUAUGGGUCGUUCUGGAUCAGACUGCACUACUAGGACCAACCCUAUGGGUCGUUCUGGAUCAGAGAAGGCGACAUUGGGAAUCACCCCACGUAUAUGGUUUUAGGAAAAAUAAAUAAAAGGCAUUUUUAAAAUGUAUUUAAUUGACUGUAAUAAAAAA